AUGUCGCCAACUCCAACACCCCUCCAAAUCCCAGCCCUAGACGGCCUAAACCCCUUCACCCGUCCCCUAACCCCAUCCGACAUCCAAUCCUGCGUAACCGUCGAAAACGCGGCCUUCAUCGAACAAGAGCGAUGCUCCGAAGAAAAGUUCGAAUAUCGCCUCCACCAAACCCCGGGACUUUGUCUCGGCCUGUUCAUUAAACCCAAUGAGCACGACACAGAACAACUCAUCGCGCAUGUCAUCGCCAAUCGAUCAUCUUCUAGAACCAUCGCUGAGGGGUCGAUGCAGAUGCCCCCUGACUGGCAGUCUCGCUCGUCUAGUGAAGCAGUCGUGGUAGACGGGGAGGUCAUCGGGGAUGAUCCGCAUGGAAUGAACGUUGCGGUGCAUUCGGUAGGUGUUAUGCCCCGGUUUCAGGGGACGGGGGUGGGUAAGAGUCUUCUCAGGGUGUAUGUGGAGUAUAUUAGGAAUUCGGGGGUUCGGGGUGAGCGGAUAAUACUGAUCUGUCAUGAUUAUUUGAUUCGGUUUUAUGAGAGUGCCGGGUUUGAGGUAAGGGGGCCGAGUGAGUGUUUGUUUGCUGGUGGGGGCUGGUUUGAUAUGGAACUGGUGGUUUGA